GCAGGCACCACCGACAGUGGCCUUCGUCUUCCUCAGCACCGAGACGCUCUUCCAUGCGAGAGUCGUCCGGUCCGCAGUACGUUGCUGAUACCCUCUCACCCACGGUGAUGAACCUUCCUGGGUCGUCGCCCCUCAUUCCGACGCGCCACCGGAGCAGUCGCAACAACAGGGACAGUCAACGAUCGUUCUCGAUGACCAACACUUCUCAGCCGACCUUCAGACUGUCCAGCAAUCGAUCCUUGGGCAGCUUGCGCAGCCACGAACACAUCCAGCGUCCGAAGUCGCCAUACGUCUACCCCACUCGACUCCGUCGUCCCUCCUACCGUCCAGCAUCACCCGCGUUGAGCGAUGUCACUGGAUCACGACCACGACGCUUACAUGGCCACGGCAGUCAAGGACAGAUCCAGCACCAGGGGCAAAUGAGACUGAGGAUCCCUUCCGACACGAGCCUUGGAUAUCAGGACAGGGCGCCUGGUAUGCCUCAUCGCCCAAGCCGCGGUCACGCUCCAACGUACUUCAACGGACCUCAGGGCGACAUACCUCCAGUCCCACCGCUGUUCCACUCUCGCGUCCCUCUCGAGCGACCUCGUGUGAUUCAAAGAUCAGCCAAAGGAUCGUUCUCCAGUGGCUCGACCAACAUGCGCAACGACUCUGACACUCCCUCGUCAGACUUGCCUUCGCCCCCUACCCCGCACGAUGGAUCCUCUUUGGAGGUGAUACUCAGCCCAACAGGUACUCAGGUUCUCGUCGACACUAUGACCGGAGUCGUCGUAAGAGAGGAAGUUGCCAGUGGUCCGCUUUACUACGAUUACAGUGAGCAGUUCGAACGCGAGCAGAUCCUGGAGCCGGAGGUGAAGCCCAUUCAAACCAGCUUCGUUAACAACAUCAAGACCAUACAGGAGGAGCGUGGAUCUUUCGAGCCACCUGCGACCCCAGCUCGUGGCACUUGGGCUUCUGGGGCCACACGGAUCUCGAACACUGCUGUCCCUGGCAUUGUGGAACUCCCUGCCUCUCCUGUCGUUCGGCGCAUCACCAGGGAUCUGAUCUUGCAGGCACUGGAGCCUGCUUCCACCACGGAAGAUGUCGACGGUACUGCAGACAAUCCCACCACUAACAACAGCGAUGAGUUUCCGCAGUAUAUGGACACGCACGACCCGCCUCGUCCUACGCAUGCAAGGGCGGCUGUGCGUGAUCAAGGCUUAGGCAAGCGGUUCAGUAUCUUGUCUCAGGCUGACUCGAGCGUCGUUGACUCUUCGACACUCGACUUUGCCGUACGAUACUCUAUUCCUAUUGUCACUGGAGCUCAGGUUGGUUCCGAUACGCCUGCCAUUCCUGACCAGGAGCCACCGUUGCCUCCAGAUACAGCGCCCAGCACUGAGGUCGAUAUGUCGGAUCUUCUGGCCGGCUAUCAGCACACCGAGUCUAGGCAUGAAGACGAGAACGAUGCGAAAGAGGAAGAGAAGGAACCUGAUGCCAAGUCCAGCAAGGAUCAAGUCGUUCAGAGCAGGAGCAAUCAUGCGCAGAAGUCAUCCGACGCGCAGUCAUUCAAGUCUGCCACAGAUGUGUUGGAGUCUGAGCCCUCCGUAGCUGAGCCGGAGGACGACGAUGAUGCAAAGUCCUACAAAUCCUGCCCAGAUGCAGCGGUCGAGAAGGAGUUCUCGAUCAAGGAGGUGGACGCCCAUUCAUUCAAGACCGCCCAAGACGCCGCAACGCCUGGUCGAUCCAUAUCGAUGCCACUAGCAAAGCCGCCACCUGUCGUUUCUGCGGAUAUGCAGACCCCGAGGCCGACGUCUGAAGCACCUGUUUCGAGCCCGCCUCCAGCUGUGCUCCGAAAGCUGCGCGUCCCUCCUCGUGAAUCGAGCUUUCCACUUGCAAACAAGUUUCGGGCAAGCUCCAAGCCAAACAUGAAGCAAGGUUCGGUGUCGAUCUCGAGGUCCUCGUCCACUCUCAGUGUCACUCAUCAGCCUCCUCCGGUGCCGCCCCGAGAGUCAAGCACGUCUAAAGAGGCUCAGCGAUCGAUGGGAGUUGCGUCCUGGAUGCUGUUCAAGCGCUGGGGCAAGAGGCCUAGCAAGGAUGAAGACCUGACGAAGACCGGGAACAGUUCUCGGGAGACCUUACAGGAGCCUCGCCCCACGAACAGCGUAACGUCGUCGCAGCAAUCUCUAGGAGAUGCCAUCAAGACUCCGGAGAAGGCAUUGUUCAAAGAGAUCACGGUUCCUGCCAAAGAAGCUGGUCCCCUCAAAGACUGCGCUCCGCCACAGGCGCACAAUGCGAGUGCUGCCCCUCUUGUGCAUCAGCACUCGCUCAGCAGCCCAUCGCCUGUCGUCGCUGAACCUUCGUCGGUGUACUCUCCACAGGAUAGCUAUUCAAGAUCCCGCGUACAGUCCUCGCCAGCUGGUGUUCCCAAGCCUGCGGAAAAUCGCCGAGACAGCCAGACAACUACGCACCUUGUCUGGCAUGGCCGGAAAUCCCUCAAUCUCAGCAAUCCAGCUGCGAGCGUCAGCGAGCCACAUCUUCCGCUGCCGAUCUCGAGUGAUGAUACCACCACCGAUCUCAGGUUGUCGCAGUACAGGUAUCCAGGAGGCCUGCACUAUCUUCCUGAUCUGAAGGAGGAGUCACAUGAAGACUCGAGCCUGAACACAAGUGCUAGCAAUCUGAAGAACUCGAACUUCCGGUUUCCUUUUGGUGUUCCGGGUGGCGUGCGCGCCUCGGUCGACGAUGGUGUUCUGUUCUCGAGGAGAUCGUCGAUGGGCUCGUACCGCAGGAGCGCUCUGGGUAGCGCCAUGAGCCAGACGCAUGGAUUGCCGUCGAUGAAUUUUAGCCGCAUGAACUUGUUCGACAAGCUGGAGGAAGAGCUUGAGCUUGGUCUGCGCAAUUCUCGUUCGUUGGAUCAGUUGCCGAUGGAGGUGCCUGAGCCACAUGAAGCUACUCCGCAGCGGCCAGUGUCAGCAAGAGAGAUGCGCGAGAAGUAUCGCAGUUUCUGUGACAAGCUGGAUCAGUUCAACACGCCCAAGGAAGCUGCACGUGCAGAGAUGACAAGCCUAUUGCUCAUGCGGCGCGCGAUGUCCCCCGAGCUGUUGGCGGAGAUCGAGCAAGUCACUGUGCCUUCGGUCAGCGGUCUUACGGAACGUCUUUCUAAGUUCUUGCCGUCGCUGAGGGAGUACUACAAGCUCGGAGAUCAGGGCCCGUUCGCCGCUGAGGAGAUGAUCAUGGAGCAUGCCAUGGAGGAUAUCCACGAGGUUGGUGGCCCUGCACAGAAACGCUCGUCUGCUCGGUUGCGGCCAAUCGCUGGCUCGCCGAACAUGGUCGUUAUCGAGGAUGCAUUGUACGAUGAGCUCACCAGCAAAGAGAAGGAAAACAGUAUUGCGGUUACCCAGGGUGAUGAGGAAUUUGAGCGUACACAAGAUGAAUCUCGCGCUAGUGAGAAGACCCAGGACAACAGCUCGACGCGCCCCAAAACUCCCUUCGCCGAGCCCGAAGCACCCUCACCUGCCAUACUCCGCCCCCGCGCCCUCACAGUUGGACACCAAGACCUGCGAGCUUCAGUCGAGUCGGGCUUGACGACGAGGUCCUUGAGGUCUUUUGCGUCGACCCCGACGAGAACAGACACACGUCCCUGGAACUCAGACAAGAACUACCCUUGGGCAACAUCAACAAUCCCCUCUGUUGACAUCUCGCUACCCCCACCAACAGCGGUCAGGCACUCACCACGCCCUGGCCCCUCCCACCUCCGCAACAACAUCUCCGACGCGUCUACCACAAGCACCUUCACUACCCCGGUUGGCUCGCCUUUUGGCACCGACUCUAAUUCCAGUGCUCACGCUCGCCAGCUGCACCGCUUCAGCGUUUUCGGGCGUAACGGUGACCAGCCUCACGCCGUUGGUGAACGAUACCCCACCUCAGCUUUGACACCACCUACAGCAAUCUUUCGAGACAACUUCUCUACCUCUGACACGUCUGACGACGAUACUGAGCCGCGAAUCGUACGUAAAGGCAAGUUCAGCCUCAAGAAACGCUUUUCGUCUGCCCGCAACGCAACGCUCGACAACAGCACUCGAGCCACAAACAACAAGUCACUCACCACCUCGAACGACCCUCUCGAGCUCACGUCACCUGCGUCUGCUCACCGUUCCGCAACCUCCAUCAUCCAAGACACUGCAGGUGAAGCAAGAGCCUUUACCUCAAACCGUCAUACAUUCCGCGACGCUGAGGGCAUGCCAAGUGUCGUCUACCACCGUCACCGACUCAUUGACCACCUGAAGCGUUGGUGGCACAAGGGAGGAGACCUCAUUCGAAGCUUUUCUCGCCGAUCUCCAACUACAACUACCCGCCUCUAAACAUCAUGGAUGAUUACAAGCAGAACCCCGGCUACUACCACUACAAGUCGGUCGAAUUCGCCAGGAGCCUGUACUACUCGAACUAUAUCUUCAUCUCUUACCUGAUGUGCAAGUGUUGGCCACCUCGCCGUCCUUGGGACCCUCCAAACACGCCUCGGAGCGACAUCGAGGAUGGCUGGAGCUCUGACGAUGGGUAUGAGAACGAGCAAUCGGGUCCAGACGAAGACUUUUACUUGAGUGACGUGGAGGGCUUCUACUGAAGUGAUUAUUGAGCAGCAUCUUCUGCUAUCCGCCAGAGCUGAACACUAAUCGAUCAGUUAUGACUCUUCACCACUGGGGCCUGGCGGCCAUAUACGGACAACUUUGGGGAUCACAUAUGGGAGAUAGCCAUUGACUUGUACUUACGGUCCUAUAGCUAGCUGGC